UGAUCAAAUCCCUCUUAUAAAGGAUAGAACUAAGUUUGGAAAUAAAUUUACAUUUGUGUGCCUAAUUAAUGAUACGUAUAAAUUUAUACUUGAUGAUAUUAAAGAAAAGGGACUAAUUUUUCACUUGAUCAAAAUCUCUCUAUCAUUGUUUUGAUAUGACCUGCCAGUCCCUUCUUCACAGGUAAGCAAGAGAGAAAAGCAAAAAUGGUGUCCGGUUCAGGAAUCUCCGCAAGGAGGAUAGUGGUUGAUGCUCGUCACCAUAUGCUUGGUAGGCUCUCAUCAAUUUUGGCUAAGGAACUGCUUAAUGGACAGAGAGUUGUUGUUGUUAGGUGUGAAGAGAUUUGUCUUUCUGGUGGACUUGUUCAUCAGAAAAUGAAGUAUCUUAGGUUCCUUCGUAAGAGGAUGAAUACUAAGCCUUCUCAUGGACCUAUUCACUUCCGUGCUCCCUCUAAGAUCCUCUGGAGGACCAUCCGUGGGAUGAUUCCCCACAAAACUAAGCGUGGAGCAGCUGUUCUUGCCCGCUUGAAGGUUUACGAGGGUGUUCCACCUCCAUAUGACAAAAUCAAGAGGAUGGUCAUCCCUGAUGCUCUCAAGGUGUUGAGACUCCAAGCAGGACAUAAAUACUGUCUCUUGGGUAAGCUUUCAUCAGAGGUUGGAUGGAACCAUUAUGACACUAUCAAGGAGCUUGAGAACAAGAGAAAGGACAGAGCCCAGGUAGCAUACGGGAGGAGAAAGCAGUUGGCCAAACUCAGGGUUAAGGCCGAGAAGGCUGCUGAGGAGACGCUCGGUCCUCAACUUGCAGUUAUUGAACCUAUCAAGUAUUAGAGUGUAAACGUAGUUUUUUUAUCGAAGGUGAAAUUUUGCUUGAGAUUGAGAUUUCAA